CAAAAGUACUCUUCUCACCUCCACACAUCACAUCAUGCUCCGCUUAGACGGCAAAGUUGUCCUGAUCACCGGCCUGGGCCAAACCACCGAGGAAGGCUGGGGCAUCGGGGCGGCCAUCGCCGCCAAACUGGCCCAGCAGGGUGCCCUCAUCUACGGCGGAAACCGCUCGCUCGCGUCCGCCCAACGCACCAAGUCCCGCAUCGAGGAGGCCGGCGGCGUCUGCGACGUCCAGGAGACCAACGUCACCGAUUCCGCCUCCGUACAAGCGCUGGUCGACGCGUGCAUGCGCAAGCACGGUCGCAUCGACAUCCUCGUCAACAACGUCGGCAAAUCCGAGCCGGGGUGUCCGGCCACCAUGGCGGAAGACGUCUGGGACGCGCAGGUGGACCUGAACCUCAAGAGCAUCUAUCUGACCUGUCACCAUGUGCUGCCGAUCAUGGAGAAGCAAGCGACCGGAGGAUCGAUUGUUAAUGUGUCGAGCAUUGCGGGGCUGCGGUACAUCGGCAAGCCGCAGGUCGCGUACUCGGCCACCAAGGCGGCGAUCAUGCAGUUCACGAAGGCGACGGCGGUCAUCUAUGCGGACAAGAACGUGCGGUUGAACACGGUGGUGCCGGGACUGAUCUAUACCCCGUACACGCAGCAACUGGCGAAGAGGUAUGCGCCCGGCGGGGACGAGGAGGAGUACAUGCGCAAGCGGGACGCACAGGUGCCCAUGGGUCGCAUGGGCGAUGCCUGGGAUGUGGCCAAUGCGGCGGUCUUUCUUGCCUCGGAUGAGGCCAGGUAUAUCACGGGGCAGGAAUUGGUGGUAGAUGGCGGUAUCACAUCGUCAACGGGGAGGGUUUGA